GAACAGAACGUUGGUGAAUCUUCGUAAACAAAUAGAACCAUUAAUCAAAUGAAAAAGCAAAGUGGCAAAAACGAGGUAACAAAGAGCGACCCCUUUCACGCGACCCUGCGAUGUUUUCGCUCCAGCUGUGGUUUGCGUCAGCGUGACGUCGGCAUCCUCAUAACGCUCGAGCUGAGCAACAUUGGAGAGGUAGCGCUGCAAACCCACACGAGUCUGACGAACACCUGCGCGAGAUCAACCAGGCUAUAAAGGAUGCAUCAGUCGCUUCUUACUUUCGAUCUCCAGACUUUUUUUUUAAAGCGUGCCAGUCAGACUGAAUGAAAUGUGGAGUGUGCGUUGAACUGGAUAGGGGCGUUUGAGUUUCAUUCCUUUAAAGAUCUGGACGCGUUUCUGCGAAAAAUAAUGAAUGACAUAAAAGUUGCAGUUCUUGGUUCCGAUGGUGUCGGGAAAUCAGCACUGAUUGUUCGAUUUUUAACCAGGCGAUUCAUUGGAGAGUAUGCAUCAUCAUCAGAAUGCAUUUACAGAAAGCACAUGUCUAUUGAUGGAAGACAGCUCAAUCUUGAACUUUAUGACCCCUGUUCUCAGCCGUGCGAAGGGAAAUCCACUCUGAAGGAGCAGAUCCACUGGGCUGAUGGUUUCGUGGUCAUUUACGACAUCAGCGAUCGUUCCUCCUUCCUCACGGCCAAAGCCAUAGUGCACCUGAUCCGAGAGCUUCACCUGGCUGGGACUAAAAGGGACACGGACUCUGUGAUCUUCCUGGUGGGAAAUAAGCAGGACUUGUGCCACAUGCGUGAGGUGGACCGGGAGGAAGGCCAGAGGCUGGCGUCUGAGGGCCGCUGCCAGUUUUACGAGCUGUCCGCUGCGGAGCACUACCAGGAGGUGGUGCUCAUGUUCUCAAAGAUCGUGCGCAAUGCCAGUCUGGGAGGCAAAGCCAAGGAACGCCGCCGUCGCCCCAGCGGAUCAAAGUCCAUGGCCAAACUCAUCAACAACGUCUUUGGAAAGCGGCGGAAAUCCGUUUGAGAACGAACUUGGACAAUUGUUGCAGGACUGAUGUAUGAGAUGCAUCAAACUUGUUUAGAUCGCCUCACCGCUUACCGUCUGGGACACACAGUCAUUACCAGGUGCAUCUCACAAAACACAUCUGGGACAUGGACACAUUUCACCCCAAAGUCAAACGAAAAUGAAUUAUUUCCUUGCUUAAAGAAAAUGAAGCCUGAUGAUUAUGAUUUUUGCAUUGCAACAAUAUUUUCAUGACAAUUACGCACCUCAAUUAAUUACCUCAUAAAUUCUCAUUACCGUAAUGAUUUCUCAUUGUGGUAAUGAGAAAAUGUGCUGAAUUGUCACAAAUAAAUUGUCACAAUGCAAAACAUAGGCUUCAUUUUAUUUAUGCAAAAUACAAUAACCUAUUUUUUUACGUCCGUGUACAGCUGCACAUCUGUUCUUUGCCUUAAAUGUUUCUUUAAUCACUUCUUUUGAUGUUUAAACAGAAAUACUAACCCUUAAAUUGUGAAAUAAUGUUAGCUUGCUAUGUAGUUAUUGAUAUGUAUGAUGCCAUCAAUGACUGACUAAUAGUGUUGUUUAUGGAUUUUGAAAUCUCUUCAAAUUCAUGAAAAAUAUAAACAUCUGUGCAUCAAAAUGAUGUGACCGUACUGACCAAGCAUCUUUUCAUCUUCUAGGAUUUCACAUCUAAAGGUAUUUGUUUCUACAAAAUUGGGAAACAACUGACCUAUGUCCGGAGCAUAAGUGAUAGAUAUGCAGUAUUGAAUAUUUUAUCUGAUAGUCUCACAGAAAUAGCAUUAUCUUGAAUGUUGUGCAACCCAAUUGCUUCAGGUAGCAAGUUUGCAUUUUACAGUCGGGAGAUAAUGUAGAACAGACUCAGAUUUUGGAAAGAAACAAGCGAUGAGUCACUAUUUGUUCUAAUUUUGUAACACAAAUUACCUAAUACAUAGUACAUGCAGUAUUGUGCAAAAUGCUAAUUACUUGUUUUAAAUAAUGUGUGUAAUAGAAUACACAGUAUGCACUAUGUAGCCUACUACUAUUUAGUAAUACUAUUAAAACUGUUUCAAAAGUAAACGGAUGCUAUUAAAGAUCAAUUGAUGUG